AGCGGGGAGCCCUAAUAACUCUGGUCACGUGCAUGAGUGCAUCCGGUUUCUUUGUUCCACCCUUAUUCAUUUUUCCCAGAGUCAACAUGAAAGAAGAGUUAAAAAAUGGUGCUCCACCUGGAUCUCAGUUUGCGUGUCACAAAUCGGGCUGGAUACAAACCCACAUAUUUACGCAAUGGAUUGUUCAUUUCAUCAACACUGUCCAUCCAUCUAAAGAGAGUCCAGUCAUAUUGAUCUUAUAGUAAAAAAAAUUUAAGGUUGCAAUAGCGGUCAUUGACUUGACCCCUAACCCGAAAUCGUAAUUUUCUAGCGAUAAAUCAUCUAUCUAUACAAAACUGUCGCAAAAAAUUCAUCGCUUGUGUAUCAUAAUACAGGGUAGGAUGGAGCCAAGAGCUCAUUAGGUGCGUACGGGUGUCAUUGCAAGUGUUAAUUUAAUGAUAAUAUGUCAUUUUUACAUCCAAAAAUAAAUCUUAAAUACGUUUAAGUCUGUUUGUUUAUUUCUACAUGGAGAUGAAGUAAUUUUUAAUAAUAAAAACAUCAACUGAGCACUAACACCGCCGGCAGUACCCGCUAAAUACUCAGCUAUCCGCGGCCGGCGAUACCACAGCCUUACAUUUUAUGAGUGUCGAGAGUCAGGGGUGGGGCACACUCGGUCCCGUCGGUGGCGUCGGUCCGCCAUUUUGUCAUUCCUUAUUCGGGCUCGCUUGCGUUCAGUCGACUUUCGGAAUAUUACUGCGGAUUUUUGUUGUUUGUUUAGUUUGUUAAUAAGUUGUUCGUUGUUAUUUGUUUUGUUUACGUUAUUUGUUGUGUUACGUUACGCUUGUUACGGAGAUUGAAGUAUGGAACCAGAGGCUGGACCAUCUACUGGUGAAUCCAUGCAACCAGAGCCUGGACCAUCUACUAGUAAAUCCAUGGAACCAGAGGCUGGACCAUCUACUAGUGAAUCCAUGGAACCAGAGGCUGGACCAUCUACUGGUGAAUCCAAAAAACGUCGUCGUCGGCGAAAUAUAUUCCAACCUCAACAAGGUUCUGACAAGAUACCUUUUACGUCGCCAACAACAAAACGACGGAAGACAGUUAUUAGCAGUGGGGAACGGUCAAUUAUUAUUAACGUUUUUAAAUACGUUACAAAAACAAAACCCGAAGAUAAGUACAUGUCCAACCAUGACCUUGUAAAACUAACUUCGGAAAUGUGUGGAGUACAUGAAAGGUCUGUUUACAAUGUGUUAAAUGAGUACAGAGAUACUCACAAAAUAACAGAACCUGAAAGGAAACGAGAUCGCCCAAGCGUGAUUCAGAAAAUUGACAAUUUGGAUAAAUCGGCAAUCAGGAGAAUAGUUCACAGUUUUUUUCUAAAAGGUGAACUUCCAACCCUAAAAAAAAUUCAACAAGCUGUGAAUGAUCAUGAAUCUCUGCCCACAUUAUCUAUGACGUCAUUGAGACGUAUUAUGAAACACUUAAAGUUUAAAUAUACGAAACGAAAUCGCAAAAGUGUUUUGAUUGACCGAGGAGACAUUGUUUCAUGGCGAAUAAAAUAUUUAAAGCAAAUAAAACAGUUUCGAGAGGAAAACCGACGGAUUUUUUAUACUGACGAGACUUGGGUGAAUGCUGAUAUGUAUUUUUCUAUACAUUUAACUUUACGUGUUUCAAAGCAAAUAGGCAGCCAAUGUUGCGACACUGUAUCAGUACUUAAGAAGUGCAAUUACGAAACAUGUGUUAUUUUUAGGGUUCCUUAUUGUGGAGUCAAAACGAACGUACCGGCCGGGCAACAUAUAAAACCCUUUAAGACAAGAGCUGGGAGAUGUAACAAUUAUAAUUUAUAUUUAUUUACAGAACUGUAUAUUUCAUAUAUUCUUUGUAUUUUAGGUCACACGGUGGGAAAAACUUGGGUGGACGAGAAUAUAAAAUCCGCGAAACAAGCAUUCAAAGAAGGGCUUUCGAUUGGAGCCAAAAACCCGGUAUCAAAAGGGAAAAGGCUAAUUGUGGUACAUGUGGGCAAUGAAGAGGGAUUUUUAGAUGAUUGUAAAUGGGUGUUUGAGGCGAAAAAAACUGGCGACUACCAUGAAAAUAUGGACGCACCUCACUUCGAGAAGUGGUUUGGAAAGGUCUUAACCAAAAUGCAACCAGAGGAUGUUAUUGUUUUAGACAAUGCAAGCUACCAUUCAAGACGAGAGGAGCGAACACCUACCAUGCAGUGGAGAAAAGGAGAUAUUCAAGGUUGGCUGCGAUCCAAAAAUAUAUUAUAUGACGAUAAAUAUGUAAAAAAGGAGUUAAUGGACCUAGUAAAUCCAGUGAAGGAAAAAUACCAAAGUUACGUGAUUGACGAAAUGGCAAAAAAAAAAGACAUAACGGUGUUGAGGUUACCUCCAUAUCAUUGUGAGUUAAACCCGAUAGAAUUAAUAUGGGCAGAUAUAAAAGGUUACGUAGCCAGAAAUAACACAACCUUCAAUUUUAAAGACUUGAAAAAACUUGUAGAAGAUGGAAUCGAGCAAGUCACCAAAGAAAAAUGGGCCAACUGUGUGGAACAUGUAAAAAAGGAGGAGAAAAAAAUGUGCGACCUAGAUCACACAAUUGAUAAGACAAUGGACAAAUUUAUUAUAAAUGUCACAGACAGCUCCAGUGAGAGCUCAGAGUAUAGCUCCAGCUCUGAGGAAGAAAUUUAUGAAUAA